AUGGAUGUCAAAAAUGCUUUUCUUCUUGGCAUUCUUAAUGAGGAGGUUUAUAUGACUCAACCUGGAGGUUUUGAAGACGCUUCUCAACAUCAUCUUGUGUGGAAACUACAUAAAUCUUUAUAUGGAUUAAAGCAGGCACCUAGGGCCUGGAAUGAAAGGUUCACCAAUUUCCUCCCAAGUUUAGGCUUUAAGUGUUCUUAUGCUGAUCCAUCUUUAUUUGUUAAAACAUCUGGCAGUUCCAUAGUUUAUCUGCUUCUCUAUGUGGAUGAUAUUAUUCUUACUGGUAAUAGUGAAGCUCUUAUUUCAGAACUCAAGUUAGCAUUGCAGACUGAGUUUGAGAUGAAAGACUUGGGGAAGCUACAUUUUUUCCUUGGUCUUGAAAUCUCAUAUACUCCUGAUAGUCUCUUUUUAUCCCAACAUAAGUAUGCUACUGAGUUAAUUCAUAAGGCCGGUUUGGAUGAUUGUCAUACACAUCGUACUCCUUGUCAGUCUGGGAUCAAGUUGUAUAAGGAUGGUAGUUCUCCUUUGUCCUCUCAUGAUAUUCCCUAUUUCAGAAGCUUGGUUGGCUGUUUGCAAUAUCUUACUUUCAUUAGACCUGAUAUUGCCUACAGUGUGAAUUAUGUUUGUCAAUUCCUUCAUUCCCCAACAGAAGCUCAUCUCUUGGCUACUAAAAGGAUUCUUCGUUAUGUUAAGGGAACUCUUCAUCAUGGCAUCUAUUUCAGGAGGGGUUCUUUGCAUUCACCGCAGUACACACUUCAAGCUUAUUGUGAUGCAGACUGGGCGGGUGACCCCAAUGAUAGGAAAUCCACCACAGGGUUUGUUAUUCUACUCAAUGGCUCACCAAUCUCUUGGUGUAGUAAGAAGCAAACAACUGUGUCUCGUUCUUCUACUGAAGCUGAGUACCGAAGUAUGGCUGACACAAUCUCUGAGCUUUAG